CACUAACAUCAGUCUCUAGUUAGGUGUCAAAGUUAUUGAAUUAGGUUAAAAAAAAAUAUUUAGAGAAUUGAAUUCAAACAAAAAUGCAUUCUUUUCUGCAGAGGGGUAAUGCCCUAUUAGCUUAUACUUUAAGUGUACUAGCAUGUUUGACUUUUGGUUGCUUUAUCUCAACAGUGUUUUUGAAUUAUAAAACUGAAGCUGAUAUAAGUACUGUUAAAAUAGUGGUUAAGAAUGUUCCAGACUAUAGUGCGUCUAGAGAAAAGAAUGAUUUAGGAUUUUUAACGCUUGAUUUGCAAACAGACCUUUCUCAUCUGUUCAACUGGAAUGUCAAGCAACUAUUUCUCUAUUUAACUGCAGAGUAUGAAACUGUAAACAAUAAGCUGAAUCAGGUCGUUCUGUGGGAUAAAAUCAUUUUGAGAGGGGAAAAUGCCAAAUUGAAUUACAAAAAUAUGAACACAAAGUACUAUUUCUGGGAUGAUGGAAAUGGUUUGAGAGGUAACAAAAAUAUCACUCUCACAUUAUCUUGGAAUAUAAUUCCUAAUGCUGGAUUUUUACCAAAUAUUUUUGCUCAAGGAUCUCACUCUUUCAAAUUCCCUGUGGAAUAUACUACAUCCAGAAUGUAAAUUUUUUUUCUGAAUAAAAAUUUGAAAUAGAAAA